AUGAAUGUGACAUAUAACUCUCAUAGUAGCACCAACAAUACAGGAAAUUUUAUGUCUUUAGGGAAUUAAAAUCCUCAAUAAAAUAAUUUUUACCAUAAUGGCUUGACUUCAAAUACUUAAUCUCAUUAUAUGGGCUCAUAAUCAAUACUCGGCCAAACAUAACCCCCUUUUUAUUAAAAUAAUUCAGGAUAUAUACAUCCAUCAGGAUUGUAAGGCAUCUCAAAUAUAAAUUCAACAUAAGCAAAUAUGCUUAAUCAAAAUUUGAGUCUUACUCUAAAUGGCAUCAUUAACACUCAAUCUGCAAUGAAUAAUUAAAUUUCUUAACCUCCUUAGAUUAUUUAAUAUCCUAUUUACGAUCAUUUUAUAAUAAUUGAAUGUGGCUUUGAUGAUUAGCCUUAAUCUGGUUCUCAAAUGCGUAUUGAAGAUGCUGUUUCACCCUCUGCUUAAAAUACAUCUAAUCUGAAUAGUCUUAAUGCUUAGCCCAAUUCUUCCUAAAGCAAUAACAAUAAUAAUUUAAAUAAUGUAAUUAGUUGUUCACAAAAUAUUAUUCGUGAUAUGCAUUGGGGAGUAUACAGCGUGAAAGAAAGGAGACUUAUUAAAGAUUAAUAUUAUGAUUUUUCCAAUCUAGACAAUAAAGCUAUCGUAUAAUCAUCUGAUUCAUUUACAUCUAGUGCAGCUGCUGCCACCUAACAAAUCGAAGAUGUUGGAGUUAUACCUGCUUCAGCACUUCCUGGAAGAAGGAAUUCAAACUAAAAGUUAGAAAAAUCCCCUUCUGCUCUAAGCUCUAGUGGAAAAAGCGGGAAAAAGCCGAAUCCUCUCAGCCCCCUCUACACUUCCGUGGCUAAUGCUCUAAACACAUUAAUAGAUUUUAUAGAUAAAGAGAUUACUUCAAAAUAAUUAAAAUUUGUUACAGUUUUAAACAGUGAAACUAUGAACCCUAAUAUAUUGCCACGUUUGAUUGAAGAAAGCAAAGUCUCUUCAAAAGGAUUUUUUGAAUAUUAUUAUUUUUUAUAAAAAGAAUGCAGUGAUGUUUUUAAUGUUAAACCUUAAGAAUUUACUUCAAUAGGCUCUAUCAUGCAAUAUUUAUCAUUAAGAGAGAAACAGGAUAAUGUUUCCACCAAGAGUUUAUUUAAAUGCAUGUCUAAGCUACUUACUCUCAUUCUAGCUGCUGAUCAUAAAUUUACCAGUUAGCCUUUACGUAAUAAUAAAUUAGCUUUGGGUUAUACAUCUUCUUCAUAAAAUACUCCACCUUAGGUUAAUCCUCAAAACAUUCACUCCUUCAAAGGCAAUAAUCAUUCAUAUAAUUUUCUUAAUUCAGGAGCCUCCCUUUCUACGGGCUUUGGUGCAGCAUAAAAUAUGUAUUCAAAUAAUUUCUCCUAGCAGGCUGCUUCUAAUCACAUCUAUUAGACAGGAGGUAAUUUUUUUGUUGGCUCUACGAAAAGUGUUCCUCCACCAAAUAAUUCAACUUAAAAUAAUACCUCCAAUCAAACUCAAUAGCAGUCGUAUAGUCAUUCCCUUAUACUGCCGCUGGGAGGAACUAGUAAUCGUAAGAGCAUAGAUAUUAGUAAUUACCCUAAUCCUUAUGGCAACAAUCAGCAAUAAUUUAAUCUUGUAUAGCAGGGAAAUACUGGUUCAAGCACAAAUAUAAUUGACCUGAGCUCAGAUCCCUCUUUGUAAGAAGAAGUAAAAGGCUAGCAUAAGGAAUAAAUAAAAGAAAUAACACCUUUCAGUUAAUCUUCCUAAUCUCACUCUUAGUAGACAAAUUAAAAUACUUUAUCUCAGUAAGCUGCAACAUAAAAUGCAUCUAAUUUAGGUUCUUUGAUGGAGGGAUUAAAGAGCAGUGGAUAAAAUUCCAAUCUAAACUCAUCAUAAGUAAUUAAUGCCUCUCUCACUAAUACAUAAUCAAAUGGUGUAGGAAAUUCAUCGGCUGUAUAAAAUUAACAGAAUAACUCAUCACAUAAUAGUCAAGCAAUUGAAAAGGAUAAAUCCCGCUCUAAAUCAAAACAGUAUAAUAAAAAAGAAGAAAAAAGCCACAGCAAAAGCAGAUAUCGCUACUCUAGUAGGCGAAAGAGUAAUUCAAGAGAUAACAGCAGCAGUCAUUAAUAAGAAAUGAACAAAAAGAGAAGAAGUAGCUACUCUUCUUAACGCUCGCCAAGUUCAUCAAUUCGCAGAUAGCACAACUAAUCUUCUAAUUAAGCUAGUUUGUACAAUCCUAAAAGUAGAAACGAAAACAAUAAUCCCUAUUAUAAGAACAGAAAAGGCUACAUUCCUUAUAAUGCCUACAAUAAUCGUAAGAAUUAUAACCAAAAAAGUGCAUCAAGUUCUAGCAAAAGCAACAGCAGAAGUCGUAGUCAUAGCCAUAGUCGUAGUCGCAGCCGUAGUAGUAGAAGUAAAACUAGCAGCAGCAUAAGCAGUAGAGUAGAAUAAAACAGAUUUAACUAUAGAAAGGGAAAUGGCAGUAAAUCUCCAUCUCAACAAAAUAAAAGAGAUUUUUAUAAGGGAGGCAACAAUAAUAAUUAUUACAACAAGAAUAAACAUUUUAAAAAGUAUGACAACUACAAGAGAAGAAAUAGCUAAAGCAACGAAAGAGGAGGAUACCAAUAUGGUAGGUACUAAAAUUAUCGACAUGAUCACUAUUAAAACAAUAGAUCUUACAACAAUGGGCCAGAUGGUGAGUACGGCAGCAGUAAUUAUAAUAGGAAAGGUGAUAGUAGAGAAAGAUAUCCACCAUCUACACUAAAUAAACGAGCUUCUGUAUCUAAAAGUCACUCUGCAGGAAGAGGCAGCAUUUAAAGGUAGAACAACAACAAUAUGUAUGGAGGAAACCAACAAUCUUAAAAUCCUUACAACUCAUAGUCUAAAUACAAUUAAUAUUACUACUACCUCAAAUUCAAAGACCUUCCUAAUUGCAGCAAGCAAGACUUAUACAAUUUCAUAAAAAAUAAUUCAAAUGUUAGAGUGUACAAAGAAAAUAUUUUCUUGUUAGCUGACAAAUAUGAUAAUUUUAGUGGAGAGGCCUACAUUCGCUUAGAAAAAGAAAGAGAUGCAAAUGAUUUGUAGUAUUUAAGCGGAAAGGAGUUUGAUCUCAAAAAAAUUUCAAUAGAUAAGAGUUCACAUGAUAGCUUUAAAAGAAAAAAUAUAUUCCAUGAGAGUGUAAGUUCAAAUAGCAAUUCGCCAAACAGAUAUUAAGGCACUUAGAAUAAAUACUAGUCCAACACUUAGCAACAUAAUUCAUAUUAAAAUUAAGAUAAAUUGAAAUAAAAUAAUAGCAGAGAUAAAUCUUAAAAUCGUACUAAAUCUUCCUCAAAAAGAAAGGAGGCACAAAAUGCAUCUUCUUCCUCUUCAUCAUCAUCUUCGUCUUCCUCCUCCUCAUCGUCUUCCUCCUCUUCAAAUAAAUCAGAAGCUUCUGAUAAAUAAAAGCCCUAAGAAAGAUAAAAGGAUUAGGAAGAAAACACGAACAAAAAUGAUAGUACCAACAAUAAAAGCUAAUAAGAAAAUAUCAAUGAUAAUAGCAAUAAAAUUAGCAAAAGUCCAAGCUAAGCCAAAUAAAACACUACUGCAAACAACAAUUAGUAAAAUAAAUAUUUAGAAGUUAAAGAGUAAAAUAACAAUAACAAUAAUAACAAUAUAAAUUCUAGCAGUAACAACAACAACAACAAUAAUAAUAAAUUAAGUAAUAGCAGCAGCAAUUAAUAUUAAAAUAUUCAAAACAAAUAUCAAAAGCACAAUCGAUAUGAUAGAAGUAGAAGUGCUAGUAGAAGAAGCAGAAGUAGCAGCUAAUUUGAUCGCAGAUCUUCAUCAGCAAAUAAGCCUAUUGAUUUUAAAAGCAAAAGAGUUCUAUAAUAAUAUGGAAUACUUCGUAUAAGAGGAUUACCUUAUUCAUGUAAGACGAAGGAAAUUUAUGAAUUCUUUAAAGAUUUUGAAAUUGUACAAGAUGGUGUUAAAAGAGUUUAUAAUUAUUAAGAAUAAAAGCAAACAGGAGAAAGCUUUAUAAUAUUAAAAAAUAAAGAUUAAGUAAGAGAAGCUAAGUAAAAACUUCAUGGAGAGAGAAUUUUUCAAAGGUAUAUAGAAGUUUUUCAAUCAGAUCCUAAUGAAUUCCUAGAUUAUUUAAUAGAUAAAAUCUUACCUCAAAGUAUAAGUAGCAAAAACAAUCGUAAUCGCUAUAACAAUUUUGAAAAUAGAAAAAAUUUCAACAAUCUAAAUAAUAAUAAUAAUAACAACAACAACAAUAAUAGAUAUAAUUAAGAUCGCCCAUUCUACUAUGAUAAAAAUGAAAGAAAUUAUUCGAAUCCUCAUAAUAACAACAACAAUAACAAUAGCAAUAAUGGAGAUGCAAAUAAGUUUAGAAAUAAAAAAUAUUAAGACAAGCACAGUAGAGAUGAUGAAAGUAGUGAGCUUGAUUAUUGA